GAGCCAGUGAGGUCCCCGUUAGUCCCAUCGAAAGCUCUAAAACCAGCGAACCCUCAGUCCAGCCUCAGGUCAGGCAUCCAGGACAGCCUCAGCCCUCAUGGGUGAGCCACCUCUGUGGACACUGCACAGGGCCUACGAUCCAUCACUGCCUCCCAAGGAUGCCAGCCAGGCCCCUGUUGAGAUAACUGCUUCCCUGCUGGACAAGGCUGGGACCAGCCAUCUUGGUGACAGUUCCAGAACCCCUGGCCUGGGCUGCUGGGUUCAAUGGAAAAAGGCUGUGACUAGAGUCAGGGGGAUGGUCUCAGUGACCGCAAGGAUAAGGCCAGAUCCUUGCACUCUCAGUGACCCAAAGCAACACGUAUCCAGAGCAGCAGUGUGGCGCCUUCACGCACCCACACAUCAGCCCAACUCACCCAGGACAGGGACUGUAGCCUCAGCACUCAACCCAUGUGCCCUGCGUGGGGUCUCUUCCCACUGCACUCACAGGAGAGGAAGGGUCCUUCAGGGGUCCACUGGGGUCCCCUCCUGCAAAUGGGGCAAGGAGAGGGGCAAGGAGCUGUCUCAAGGCCUCUGGAGCACACGCAGAUCCUGGCCUGGGGCUCCUGGGAGGGCCAUGAUUCUGGGCUCCAUGAGUUCAGAGCAGACGCCUUGUUUUUCCUUGUCCACUGUCGGCCACCCCACCCUUCCUGGCCCUUAAAAGAACCAGGAAACAGCACAUGAUCUGUUGGAAGGAGGCAUUCAUUCUUUCCUUUCUGUGGGCAUGGGGAGGGGACCACAGGGCACAUGCCCCACCCUGGAAUCCAGCUGAGCAGGGGGGUCAGAGGUGACAGCUCUUCCGGCUCACAGGCCACCGGCCCACAUACCGGGCAAUCAGAAGAAGGGAACGGCACAAGGAGGGCACAGAGGGAGUCAUUGUCCCUGCCAGAGGUGCAGCACUCCGGGAAUGUCCCUCACUCUCCCCGUCCCUCUGUCUUGCCCAAUCCUGACCAGGUGCAGAAAUCUUGCCAAGUGUUUCCGCAGGAGUUGCUGGCAAUUGCCUCACUUUCCUGGUCUUGGCAAAGAAUGAAUCAACCCACCCUAGAUCCCAUAAAUAGAGCCACCCAGGCGAGCCUCUCACUCGCCACCUCCUCUUCCACCCCUGCCAGGCCCAGCAGCCACCACAGUGCCUGCUUCCUCGGCCCUGAAAUCAUGCCCCUAGGUCUCCUGUGGCUGGGCCUAGCCCUGUUGGGGGCUCUGCAUGCCCAGGCCCAGGACUCCACCUCAGACCUGAUCCCGGCCCCGCCUCUGAGCAAGGUCCCUCUGCAGCAGAACUUCCAGGACAACCAGUUCCAGGGGAAGUGGUAUGUGGUAGGCCUGGCAGGGAAUGCAAUUCGCAGAGAAGACAAAGACUCGCAAAAGAUGUAUGCCACCAUCUAUGAGCUGAAAGAAGACAAGAGCUACAACGUCACCUCCGUCCUGUUCAGGAAAAAGAAGUGUGACUACUGGAUCAGGACUUUUGUUCCAGGUUCCCAGCCCGGCGAGUUCACGCUGGGCAACACUAAGGGUUACCCUGGAUUAACGAGUUACCUCGUCCGAGUGGUGAGCACCAACUACAACCAGUAUGCCAUGGUGUUCUUCAAGAAAGUUUCUCAAAACAGGGAGUACUUCAAGAUCACCCUCUACGGGAGAACCAAGGAGCUGACUUCGGAACUAAAGGAGAACUUCAUCCGCUUCUCCAAAUCUCUGGGCCUCCCUGAAAACCACAUCGUCUUCCCUGCCCCAAUCGACCAGUGUAUCGACGGCUGAGUGCACAGGUGCCACCAGCUGCCGCACCAGCCCGGACACCAUUGAAGGAGCUGGGAGACCCUCCCCACAGUGCUACCCACCCAGCUGCUCCCCAGGCCACCCCGCUGAUGGAGCCCCACCUUGUCUGCUAAAUAAACAUGAACCCCCAGA